CCAUCCAUCCAACCCCCGUCAACUCCGCCGCAGGCAAUCCAAUAUCAUCGUAACGCCGUUAAAUCUCUAGGUCUGUCUGUAACACUCUAAAAAGCCAACUGCACUUCAUUAUCACCUUUGCAAUCAUUGUCCUUCACACUCUCCUCUUAUUCUUCUUCUUCUUUCUCCUCCUCCAUCGACGACGACGUCGUUUCAACAUUCUCCGGCCACUGAACAUUCUCAUAUUUUAACUUAAUAUAAAGAAAUGAAGUCUUAACACUUCAUUACGUUAAAAUACCCGACAACCUAACAGCAGCAAACUUGAAGUUUUGACAGUUGUUAAUCAAGUUAUUAUAUUAUAACUUUUUGUAACAAAUUUUGUGAGUUUAAUGGAUAUGAACAAUUUAAGAACGGAAUCUCAUGUAGCCCAGAAGAUCCGGCGACAUAAGUUAAGGUUUCAGCAAAACUCCGACGACCCGACCCACCAACAGUUACCACAAGACCCGAACUUCGAAGCUCCACGACCCAGAUACGGACCCGUUUCGUACGACCCGAAUGUAUUCCCUCAAGAAAUGCUUAAUUCCAUUGCUAUGUUACAACAACCUAACCAUGGUUUUGUAGAUCAAGAAUCUUGUUCCGGUUCGGGCUCCAGGUCGGGUAUGGGUACGGGUUCGGGUCAAGGUAACCUGCAAACCGGUGGGAAUGAGUGGAGUGUUGUUGCUCCGAUGAAUAUUGAUCAAAGUUAUAAUAAUAAUAAUGAAGAUUUGCAAAAUGGGUUGCAAAAUAUUCAAGUGUUUGGUUGUUCACCGUUUUACCAAAAUACCCUUCAAGAAGUUGUGACAUCUGCCACCGUUGGAUCACAUGUUGAUCAAAGUAAGAAUGUGUUGGAGAUGAAUCAGUCUAUACCUUGUUGGAUGAAUGGUUCUGAUCAGUUAGGGUUUGUUGGUAAUAGGAAUAAUAAUAAUAAUAAUGAUCAUGGUACAAUUGAGAAUAGUCAUAUCACACAAGGGUUAUCUUUGUCAUUAUCAUCCGUUCCUCAAACGAAGACUGAGUACCCGAACCUACUUUCGGGUUUGAAACCGUUGAAAGUUGAGAAUGUAACGAUUUCAGACCCGAAACAGUUGGUGGGUGUGUCUUGUUUUAGGAGUAUGGGCCCGCUUGGCCCGUUUACGGGUUACGCAACGAUUCUUAAGAAUUCGAAGUACUUGGAGCCUGCUCAAGAGUUAUUGAGUGAUAGUUGUGAUGUUGGGGGUGCUCAUGAGUUGGUUCAAACAUGUGAUAGCACACAUAAGAUUCUUGAAGAAGAAAUGAGUCGGGUUUCGGGUGAGUCGGGUGCAUCGUCUUCCACUAUUUAUGGUGCAAGUGAACAUGUUACUGGCCGGAGUAGCGCUCUUUCGGAGUCGUAUCUCCCGGAGUUUCAUCAUAAGAAGGCUAAGUUGAUAUAUAUGCAAGAAGAGGUAUGCAGAAGAUACAAACAAUAUCAUCAACAGAUGCAAAUGGUGAUUUCGUCUUUUGAAACAGUUGCGGGGCUUGCUACUGCGACACCUUACGUUUCUUUGGCUCUAAAGUCUGUUUCGCGACACUUUCACUUUGUGAAAAAUGCCAUUUCUGAGCAACUCACACAAAUGAAGAAAACCUUUGACGAUUUGUGUUCUCCUAGUAAAACUUUUGAUGCUAAUAAUGCAACUGAUUCGUUGAGAUCUAUUGAACAUAACUUGCAAAGACAUGGGAAAUCUAGUAGCGGAACAGGCUUUUUAGGAAACCAACAACCUGUGUGGCGGCCUCAACGAGGCCUUCCUGAACGCGCUGUCUCGGUUUUGAAAGCUUGGUUAUUUGACCAUUUUCUGCACCCGUAUCCUUCGGAUGCAGACAAGCAUAUGUUGGCAACUCAAACCGGAUUAACAAGAAAUCAGGUUUCAAACUGGUUCAUAAAUGCACGAGUGCGCAUAUGGAAGCCGAUGGUUGAAGAAAUACAUACCCUUGAAACAAAAGGCUUAGCCGCCUCGAGCUCAAACAAACCUCUAGCUGACGGUCAAGACACGAGCCGUGUGGACAUGGGCUCAAUGACAAACAAGCAACAACCCGAGAGUUCAAGGACUUCUGGCGCCUUAACGGUAACAAACGGUCAAAAUGAACCAAAUGAGCAACUAUGGAAUCAAGAGAAACGGGCCAGGCCCGAUUAUCAAAUCCCUCAAGCCACAAUGGACCGAUCCUUUACAAACAUGAUGCCGUACCCACGAGCCGCAUUUGAGGCAGGUGGGGUCGGGCCCGUUUCGCUUACGUUAGGACUCUGGCAGAACGCGGAACAUGUACAACAGUUGCAGCAGCAUGAACAUCAGUUUCGACAGCAUUUCGGAGGUCACUUGAUUCAUGAUUUUGUGGGGUAGUUUUGUAAUAAUUCCACUGGGAUAAAAACACUACAUUAGCAUCAAGAAAUCCUACAAGGUGCAAAAUAUAUAAUUGUAAUUUCAGGAAUUUAAUUAGAAUUACUGCAAUGGUAGAUUGGCAUAUUAAUUGGUUAUCA